CAUCGCCCAAGUCGUUCUCAUCACACUUUAACCAAAUCCGCCCGACGACUCAAAUCAUUCAUCAGACGUCCACACCAGACUCCCUGCUGAUGAGCCCCCGAUUCCCAACUUCCACCUUCUCUAUCUCUCGGACUACAAUAAACUCACCAGUGCUCCUACUUUUGUUUCUCGCUGUACCAAUAUUUGAGUUCGCAGAUACCGAUCUGCCUCCGGUGUUUAUUCGUCCAAUUGCUUUCGUGAACAGGUCCUGUUUCCGUUUCGAAUCAUGUGGGAGAAAGCUGUGUAGGACAGUCUGCUAUAGUAAUUUGAGUACUUCAAUUUAGUUCUGACAAAACCAACGUGGUGAACUUGGUUUUUCCAUUCAUCCGUUUGUCAAGUUCUGGCUAGAUUGGGCUCAUUUGUGGAAGAGGAAAACAUUUGCUGCAUGCUUAUGGAUUGUUAGUAUAAACAUUUAUCCGCGUAAUACUUUCUCCUUUGCCUUGGAGACUUUACAUGAAAGGUGGCCCUACCUAUCAUAAAAAAACAGACAAAAGGCUUUGUAUCAUGGAGGACGUUCAGCACGAGACCAGCUGGGAAGAUGUAGUUUGUCCCAUAUGCUUGGAUUUCCCCCACAAUGGUGUUCUCCUCCAAUGCUCAUCUUAUGAGAAAGGAUGCCGGCCUUUCGUAUGUGACACAGAUCAUCUGCAUUCAAAUUGUCUGGAUCGUUUCAAAACCGCUUAUGGGAUGUCAUCUGGCUCAAGGUCACCUUCAACGUCUGAAGCAACUUCCCUAGAAAGCAUGGACCCAAUGUCGUCAGAGUCAAGUGACAAACCAUCUUGUCCUUUAUGUAGAGGAGAAGUUACAGGUUGGAUAAUUGAUGAUAAGGCCCGUAUUCACUGGAACGAGAAGAAACGCUGCUGCGACGAGCAUCGAUGUGCAUUUAAGGGCACCUACUUUGAACUUAGGGAACAUGCUCAACUAGAACACCCCCAUGCGUGCCCAUCAAAAGUUGAUCCUGCUCGGCAGCUUGAUUGGGAGAACUUCCAGCAAUCCAGUGAGAUAAUAGACGUUCUAAACACUAUCCAUGCGGAAGUGCCACGAGGUGUGGUUUUAGGAGAUUAUGUCAUUGAAUAUGGGGACAAUGACACCGCAGAUGAGUUUGAAGACUUCCCUGGUGAUGAAGGGAAUUGGUGGACAUCAUGCAUCUUAUAUCAGGUAUUUGACAAUUUUAGGACUUCUAGAAACAGGAGAAGGUCAAGAGCCAGUGAUUCGAGAAGAGGAAGUCGCAAUUCAAGUUACGAAAUCUCUAAUUCUGAUGAAGGUUCUGUCACAUCUGUAGAAUUCGCAGAGUAUAGGGUUGACGAUGCCGAUGAUGAGUUUGUGAGUACAAGUGACCGCUCAAGGCGUACAGCUGAUUAUCACAGUUCUCGAAGACGUCGCUCCCGUUUCUAUGACAAUUAGGUGUGCAUGGACCCUAGAUCCCAGCACUCUCGUUUCUGUAAGCUUUAAUUUUCUGUAUAAUUUUUUUUUUCCAUGAUCUCACACUGUGGAGCAUUUGUGUACUUUGUAAAUUACUCUCUCACUACCUAGAGUAUGGUUUUUUCACAUUUGUGUCCUAAAAAAUGUCCCCUCCCUAAACUAUCCAAUAUUUCCUACUUUGAUCCAAUUGGCAACAGUUGUGUGCAGAAAAAAAGCCACAGUGCAAUCCUGGCCUGACCUGGUUUCGAACCAUAUUGGCGGAAUAUGAAAAUGAAGUUGCCAAAUAACGAAAAGUGAAAAAUUAAUCCACCCACAUACUAACAUGCGAUAAGUUGUGAGGAACCAUUAACACAUGAUUCCACCGAUCCUUCACCUCCUUUGAUCCCCUUACCACCAUGGUGAUGGCAAACCCAUCCCCCACCAUGGGGAGAUAAGUCACGGCGCCCGAGUCGGUAAGCUUCUCCCUUGAUCAUGACAGCAGUUGGUAAUUAGACCAAAGUAAAAGAUUGCAGAUACGAUCCAGACAAAGUGGAAGAAUCUUUUAGUUUUAAGAAUGAAAGUGGGAAGAAGACCAUACUUUUUAGGGGUGAAAGUGUAAUUUUUCCCAAUAUGUUUCAUAUAGCUCUUGAUAUUAUCCCAUCUUAUUUUGGUACUCGUAUUUCAAGACUUUACUCUCUCAUGUUUGGAUUAUGAAGCAGGAACAACACAUAAGAUUGGUUCAAUGAUUUGUUCAUUAAUCUUGUUGUGGUUUUAAAAUUUUCUAGCUGUGCCUGGCUAGAAGUGGAGUGAAAACUAUGUGGUGGAAGUACAAGGCUCGGGUGCACUACACGAAUUUGAAAGUAGAAUGCAUACGGAAUGCUUGCCGCAGCUCAUGUUAGUUGCAUGUGGAAGAUACCGCCAGACUUAACGUACUUGAUAUUAUUCGACUUUGACAAUUUCCGGAAUAUGUGUUGUUGACUACUGUUGUAAUCUGGAUUUGGCACAUCAAGUGAGCAGUUUAUCUGGUUUCCAAGUAGAAGCUCAAAGGGGUUGGGUGGGUAAAAUGUAUAAAUUUGGAAGUCCUCUUCUUACAGUUGGUAUGAACUCUCUGUUUCCUUU